AUGAGGAUCCUUCGACCACUGCCUCGACAUGGAUCUGGUUUGCUCGGCGUUCCACCAAAUCGGGUAGAUUCUAUACAGAACCUUAUUAUAGCCACUACUUCUCCAAGCUUAAUUGAUGCUCGUUUGGAGAGAACUAAAAAAAANAAAAAAAAGUUUUUGUUAUCGGCGAUAUUUGUAGUGUAAGAACUGAAAUGCUAUGAAAUAUAUAGGGUCAAGUAUGCUUCUGGCGAAACUAAGCAAUACAGGUACGGCCAAAUCUGCUCCGUCGCUUAGAAACCAUUAGCAUCCCUAAUGAUUACUAAAAAUGAUCUGCUCCUUCAUGAAGUCGCAGAGUCCUCAAAUGUAGUUAGGUGUUUUCUCUCCACUAGAUUAAAACUUUGA